UACCACUACAGUCUACAGCCACCGCGGGGCGCCGAACUCACGUCUGAGCCGACGACCACAACCACCACCACCGCAAAGGCGCCACCACCGCCUUCACCGCUCGUUCGCCAGGCACCAGUACGUGCGGCAGCGGCUGUCCAUCACUCCAUCUGAUCGCGAACGAAAUAUUUUUUUGUUUUUUCCCCGAAAGGACAAUAAUAAUACGCGGCCGCGAAUAUCAGAUAUUAUUGUUUGUUACACAUACUCUGACGCCGCUGUCGUGUGCACAGUAAUAUCAAGUUUCUAACGUGUGUCGUCGUCCGCGGUCCAUUCGUCAUAGCAGGUAUCAUCACUGUCGUCUCCGCCGCCGCCGCCUCCUCACUCAUCAACCGAUACAGCCGCCAGGACAAUACAAUAAUAACUAAUACCUACGUCGUUCAUUUGUGUUCACUGUUUAAAAUCUCCGUCGCACCAACCACUUCUUCGGGACAACGUGUGCCCUCGUGUAAACGGACCUUUCGCGAACCUGACAUGGGCCACGACCACGUCGUUCGUCCGACCUCUCGGGAUGUAGUCCCCCUCGCUUGAUUUAGUCAAUAUAUCGUCGUGAUCCUCGCGACCAGCAGUUGUCGAUGCUCACAAUGGCUUGCCUGAACGUGUUGAAACAGGAGAUCAAAGUGAUCGAGUCGACGUUCCCCAAAAACCAUGACCGAUUCCAGGUGCAUACAGCCACUGUUGACGAGGUAAUAUGCAAGUUCGUUGGCCCCACUGGGCGACAGUUCGAGAUCAUCGGUAACAUCACGGAGACAUAUCCCGGCACUCCACCUGUCUGGUUUGCUGAUACUGAUGACUGUAACGUGACCAAUGCUAUCGAAAAGCUAGGUCAGACUACUGGACUCAAUAAUCAUGUCAUUAACCAAGUUGGAAUAUUGGUUAGUGAACUGUGCCGUACAUACUGUUUAUCUGAACCGUCCGAGUUACAAAGACUGAUACAAAUGCCCUCCAGUUCUGGGGCAUCAACUUCUACCUCCUGCUCUAGUAAACUUACAGAUGAAGAAGAUGAUGAUGAUGAUGACGAAGAAGAAGUUGAAGAAUAUAUUCAACUUGAAAUGGAAGAAUCUACCCCUGAAUCUACCAAAAAACAGGUUGAUGAUAUGGAAAUUCAACACUUGGAAACUUUAGAAAGAUUACGUCAAAACCAACGACAGGAUUACUUAAAAGGGGCUGUAACUGGAUCUGUUCAAGCUACUGAUCGUCUUAUGAAAGAGCUUAGAGAUAUAUACAGAUCUGAUAGUUUCAAAAAAGGAAUGUAUAGUGUGGAACUAGUUUGUGACAGCAUCUAUGAGUGGAACAUAAAAUUAAUGACAGUUGAUCCAGAUUCUUCUUUAUACCAUGAUUUGCAAAAGUUAAAGGAGAAAGAAGGAAAAGACUUUGUGCUAUUAAAUAUUACAUUCAAAGAGACAUAUCCCUUUGAGCCACCGUUUGUGCGCGUAGUUCAUCCCAUCAUACAGGGGGGCUAUGUCCUAGUUGGGGGUGCAAUAUGCAUGGAAUUGUUGACCAAACAAGGGUGGAGCUCAGCUUACACUGUUGAAGCAGUGAUUAUGCAAAUUGCAGCUACUUUGGUUAAAGGAAAAGCAAGAAUACAGUUUGGUGUUCCAAAGGCAAUGAACCAGGUAUCCCAAGCAACAUAUCCAGUAGGUCAGUACUCUCUAGCCAGAGCACAGCAAUCUUUUAAAUCUCUUGUGCAAAUACAUGAAAAAAAUGGUUGGUUUACCCCUCCUAAAGAAGAUGGUUAAACAACAGUCUAACACAACCUAAACUUUUCAUUCCUAAAAAACCUAAUAAAGUACAUGUCUCAUUUGUAAAAAAAAAAAUACGUCGUAUCUUGUUUACAGUAUAAUAUUUACGUUACUUUUAUUAUUUUGUUUAGUUUCUUUGUAUAAUUCUAGAAAAUAUAACUUUCAUACUUUUCAAUUUGGUAACCUAAUUCUAUCCAAGUUUUGAAUACUGUUUCGGCUGCCGGCUGGGCUAUUUUACCCGUGACAUUAUUUUACUGACACAAGUCAACAUAAAUACAUGGGUUAUUAUAAUAUAUUUUUUUUUAAUACUGAUUCUUAAAUUUUUUAUGAGUUCAGAGUUCAAUUUUUUUGUGUAUUUAUUAAAUUGUGAUUAAUUUUGAUGUUACUAAUUACGGUUUUUUUAUGUAUCAAUAAAUGACACACAUCAAAUGUGUUUAAAGGAAU